AUGAGUGACGACAUCCAGCAGCACGUGGCUGCUGCUGAAGCAGCUGAUUUCUCUGCACCAAAGACUUACCCAUCAAGGUUUCCAAGGGUUGUUUGGCAAACCGCUAGCGAGCACGGCAAACAACAAUAUGCCGACAAGGCUGAUACGUGGAAGGGCGUCCAAGGAUUUCAAUAUAAUUUCUUGAGUGACGAUGAUGCGGACGAUUUUGUGCAUUCCAAUUUUUCUUCGCAGCGAUCAAUCAUAAAGUUCUGGGACGAACUAAGUCUCCCCGUUAUUAAAGCGGAUUUCCUCAGAUAUCUGACGAUGCUUGCUGUCGGCGGAGUUUACAGCGACAUAGACACUUCUUGUCUGCUGCAUCCCGAUCGUUGGAUUCCUGUCGACCUUGGCGCCAAAACCGUCAAUGCUAUCAUCGGUAUAGAAUACGACGACACCACCUACAAAAUGUUCGUCCGUCCAGUCAGUUUCUGUCAAUGGACUCUGAUGGCGAAACCGGGUCACCCAAUAUAUGAGACAGCCGUCCAGAGAGUGAUGAGCAACCUCGAGUUCCUCGCUCGUCGUAAACGAGUUGCUUUAAGUGCGCUCACGUUGGACAAAAUGGAAGUGCUCGAGGCGACCGGACCAGGAAUGAUUAGUGAUGUCGUCAUUCAAGUUCUCCAAAACCAGGGUCAAAAUGUGACCUGGGAGACUUUUCACGAUCAGAGAGAGCCGAGGUUGUUUGGAGAUGUUUUGAUUUUACCCAUUAAUGGGUUCGCUGGAAGUCAAAAACACAGCCAUGCAGGGGACCCUUUAUACGGUGAAAAAUAUGUCCAACACCACUUUGGAAGGAGCUGGUAUGCCCCUGAGAGAGCCGGUACAGACGCUGAUCAAGCAGCCUCUAAUUCCUCCCAUGUCCCGUCCCGCUGA